CGGCAGCUUUCUCGGAACAAGUGACAGGUCGGGCCGCGAAGGCAAGCUGGUGGUUGAUUGAGAAGGAACUUAAGUUCCCAAGUCCUGACCGCCACCCCCCCUCCCAGUUCUUCGGCUUCGCCGCGCACCAGCUGUGUGACCCCAGGCGCGUCCCCCCAUUAACCGGCUUUGGACCUCUCGGGUUCCAGUACAAGGAGGGGCUGGACCCAGGUGGACUCCGUGUUUCCACUGCCCUUUCUCGCUGGAAACCCUCGGAAGGAAGCUCCAGGACCAACAGGAUGGGGUCAGCUUGCAUCAAAGUCACCAAGUACUUCCUCUUCCUCUUCAACUUGCUCUUCUUUGUCCUGGGUGCGGUGAUCCUGGGCUUCGGGAUUUGGAUCCUGGUCGACAAGAACAGUUUCAUCUCCAUCUUACAGACCUCCUCCACCUCGUUCAAGGUGGCGGCCUAUGUCUUCAUCAGCGUGGGGGCCCUCACCAUGGUCAUGGGCUUCCUGGGCUGCCUGGGUGCCGUCAACGAGGUCCGCUGCCUGCUGGGGAUGUAUUUUGCCUUCCUCCUGCUGAUCCUCAUUGCCCAGGUGACUGCAGGGGUCUUCUUCUACUUCAACAUGGGCCAGCUGAAGCAGGAGAUGGGCGGAAUCGUGACCAAGCUCAUUCACAACUACACGGACGGCUCCGAGGACAACCUGCAGGAGGCCUGGGACUACGUUCAGGCUCAGGUGAAGUGCUGCGGCUGGGUCAGCUUCUUCAACUGGACAGAAAACCCCGAGCUCAUGAAUCGCACCAACAUCACCUUCCCCUGUUCCUGCAAGAAGAGUGAUGAGGAGGAUGCCCAUGUGUUGCCGCAGAAGGGCUUCUGCGAGGCGCCCUUUGGCAACAGGACCCAGAGCGGCAACAACCCCUUUGACUGGCCGGUGUACCAGGAGGGCUGCAUGGAGAAGGUGCAGGGCUGGCUGCAGGAGAACCUGGGCGUCAUCCUCGGCGUGUGUGUGGGCGUCGCUGUCAUCGAGCUCCUGGGGAUGUUCCUAUCCAUGUUCCUAUGCCGGCGUGUCCAUUCUGAAGACUACAGCAAGGUCCCCAAGUACUGAGGCGGCUGCUGUCCCCACCUCCCUGCCUGUCCCCCCAACCUCAGGGCUCCUAGGGGUCUCUCCUAGGCUCCCCUGCUCCAGGCCCACCUCCCACCUCACUGCCAAGACCCCUUGUCCGUCCCGUGCUGGCUGGAAGUUGGGGGGCUUCCUGGGGCCUGGGCCCCCUCUCCUUUGCUUUUUUGCCGUCAGCCUUAAGCUCCAGCUAUUCUGUGGCUCUCCACACACUUGCUGUCUGCCAGGGUUGUCUUAGCAACCCAAAGGAAACGC